AUGGAAAAGUGGGGUCUUGAUAGUUUACGUCUGACAAAAAUUAUACGUGACAAUGGCGCAAAUAUUGUAAAGGCAUGUAAUGACUUGGAAGUUGAUCAUUUCGGUUGUGUGGCUCACUCUCUGCACCUUGUUGUGUCUGGAGCUCUCUCAAAAUCGUGGGAAGAAGUUGAGGCAGCUCAAACAGACGAGCAGAUGAGUUUUGGUGUUCUAGCAGAGCCCGAUGAAACUGAUGAACAAUGGGUGGAAGAUCCGGAGGCUGAGCUGGAAGCUAUUGGUGAGUUAGAAGACGAAUUGGGUCUUAUAUCGCUGGAAGUUACUUCUUCUGUUGAGUCUGUUGCUGAGUCAGUGGAUCUAGAAACCGACGAUUGCAUGGAUGAAGGUCUUCUAGAUGGGUGUCUAAGUGCAAGUGCAGCAGUCGGGCUGAUGGACGCAAUGAAGAAGGCGAUGAGUGAAACACGAAAGCAUGUUGCUAGCUUCCGCAAGAUUGUUACCUUUUUCAACAAGAGCGCAAAAGGAAAAGCCAAGCUAAAAGAACUUCAAAAGGUUCCUCUGCCACUUACUGUUAUCGCGGACGUGGCAACGCGUUGGAACAGUACCCACCAAAUGAUUGAGCGGCUUCUCUUUCUUCGCCCGAUACUUCAAGAAUUUACAAACGUCGGUUGGAAAAGACGAGUUUAG